AGAGAGAGAGGUGAAAAGGCGCGCGGGGGAGAGGAAGAGGAGAAUGUGAGCGGAGCUGGAUGCGGACGCAGCGCGCGCGGCUGGAUCCACUGCCUUCAGGGAGGCCUCAGCUCUUGCACCUGUCCCUUUCCGUCUCGGCGGCCAGGCGCAGUUUGGGCGGGAGCGACGCGCCUGUAUUUUGUCGGGGGGAGGGCGCACAGCGGCGGAGGCGCACACACUCCAGCGCACGCACGCACGCACACAGUCCGGACAGGCAGCAACAUGACUUCAUCCUACAAUCUGGAUUUCCUGCCUGAGAUGAUAGUGGAGAGCCGCCUGCUCGUUCCCGGGGACAGACUUAACGGCACAGCCGGAAAGAUGAACGGCGCGCUGGAGCAUUCGGACCAGCCGGAUCCAGACGCCAUCAAGAUGUUCGUGGGACAGAUCCCGCGCUCUUGGUCGGAGAAGGAGCUGAAGGAGCUUUUCGAGCCGUACGGAGCCGUCUACCAGAUCAACAUCCUCCGAGACCGCAGCCAGAACCCUCCACAGAGCAAAGGCUGCUGUUUUGUCACGUUUUACACAAGGAAAGCUGCCCUUGAAGCCCAGAAUGCACUGCACAACAUAAAGACCUUAACAGGGAUGCACCACCCUAUUCAGAUGAAGCCUGCAGACAGUGAGAAAUCUAACGCUGUUGAAGACAGGAAGUUGUUCAUCGGCAUGGUGUCAAAGAAGUGCAACGAGAACGACAUCCGGGUCAUGUUCUCUGCAUUCGGACAGAUUGAGGAGUGCCGGAUCCUCCGGGGGCCCGACGGGCUCAGCAGAGGCUGUGCGUUUGUCACGUUUUCCACCAGAGCCAUGGCACAGAAUGCAAUCAAAGCCAUGCACCAGUCUCAGACCAUGGAGGGAUGCUCGUCUCCCAUCGUGGUGAAGUUCGCAGACACGCAGAAGGACAAGGAGCAGCGGCGUCUGCAGCAGCAGCUGGCGCAGCAGAUGCAGCAGCUCAACAGCGCCACCACCUGGGGGAGCCUGACGGGCCUGGGGGGCCUCACCCCGCAGUAUCUGGCUUUGCUCCAGCAGGCGACCUCCUCCGGGAACCUGGGCGCCUUCAGCGGGAUCCAGCAGAUGGCCGGUAUGAGUGCUCUGCAGUUGCAGAACCUGGCAACUUUAGCGGCGGCGGCGGCAGCGGCCCAAAACUCAGCCAGCCCCUCCACCGCAAACCCCUUGUCCUCCAACGCCGCCUCCCUGGGAGCGUUGGCCAGCCCAGCAGCAGGUACAACAGCCAGCUCCAACGCCGGAGCCAUGAACUCCCUGACCUCUCUGGGCACCCUGCAGGGCCUGGCAGGCGCCACCGUGGGCCUGAACAACAUUAAUGCACUAGCAGGUAGCCUCAACAUUGCUCAAAUGCUCUCAGGUAUGGCGGCUCUAAACGGAGGCCUGGGCGGCGCAGGGCUCACCAACGGGACCGCGGGCACCAUGGACGCGCUGACGCAGGCUUACUCAGGGAUCCAGCAGUACGCCGCUGCAGCGCUGCCUACGCUCUACAGCCAGUCCCUGCUGCAGCAGCAAGGCGCUGCCGGCAGCCAGAAAGAGGGACCUGAAGGUGCCAACCUCUUCAUCUACCACCUGCCCCAAGAGUUUGGAGACCAGGACAUUCUGCAGAUGUUCAUGCCUUUUGGAAACGUGGUCUCUGCCAAAGUCUUCAUCGACAAACAGACAAACCUUAGCAAGUGCUUCGGCUUUGUCAGCUACGACAAUCCCGUGUCGGCACAGGCAGCCAUCCAGGCCAUGAACGGCUUUCAGAUCGGCAUGAAGAGGCUGAAGGUUCAACUGAAGCGCUCCAAGAACGACAGCAAACCGUACUGAUCUUAGCACUAGGGUUUGUCUGCUCCCCCUGUUAGCACUGCUAGGGUAAGUCCCCCCCCCCUCCCCAAUGAAGAAAAAAAAACGAGCCACGACCUCUUCACACGGGGACUUGGGGAGGGCGGAUUUGAAGGAGGGAUGUGGGAAGGAGGGGGAGACGACCUACAACCAUCCUGAGCGAGACACGAGCCUUUGAUUUUUUUAUCUUUAUGUUAGCCAGUAUUAUUAUUAUUUAUUGCUUUUUUAUUUUUGGCACACAUGAACGCUUCCAUUACCCCCAUUACUUUGUGCAAUUUCUUCUACCUAAUAUUAUAUUAGAAGGAAGUAGCUAUUCUCUAUUUUUUUAAGGAAAGACCAGUUUUGAUUAUUUUUAUCCAGACAUUUUAGGAUAAAGACAAAUGGAGCCAUUCUUUCUUUUUUUUAACUUAUUUUACACAUCCUCUCUUCCUUCGCAGAAAACCUUAGGUUUGGCUAAGGGGUUCUCUUAUUUUUUUAAACCUCCUUUUACGUUUGACGCGCACUCCGAUAUGCACACGUCCUUUGACCUCCGCGGUGUUGGUUGCAGGUUGCCGCUGCUUCUUCAAAACCCCUCUUAAGCCUGCUGGCAACCCGGGAGCAAAGGCUGCAAAACGUUAGUGGCCUAUUUACACUAAAGUCAGCCUGCCAUACAGCACAGCACAGUCACACAAUGUAAACAACAAGACAACAACAACAACACACACUCAUCAGUUCUAUGAAAGUAAACCGUUUUUUUAGUUCGCAGAAUUAUAUGAACUACUUUUCUGGGUCAGAUCACAUUGGUCUUAAGUGUUGCAGCAUAUAGAAGAUUUUCAAAAUAAGAUCCAGAAUUUGAUGGUUAUCAAAAGUACUACUACUAAGAGUCUGAGGGGGAAACUGAAAGUACUUGAUGUUUGUUGGAGAAAAAAAAUUCAAAUUACAGAAAGCCACAGGCCUGUAAAUUUUAUUUGUAAAAAAAGCAGUUCUAUUUUUCUACAACGUUUUUACUGCCUCUGAUAAAGAAAAAAAAAGGAUUUUAUUUAUUGCAGUUAAGUUAUUGGACUCCUAGAAAAUAUACAUCCUUUUUUUCGAAGUAGACCCUUGUGGAGAAGUCUUGUGGAACUGGAAUUUUGCUGUUUUUGUUUUUUUUCCAGUGCGUAAAGCACAUGUCGCUUUCAUCCCGUAAGAAUCAGUUAUCUGUUCCACGUUAUUCUUUGAAGAUCACACCUCUCUGUGCCGUCACUCCAUCGCUCCACGUUCUCGUUCGUGUCAGGUUUUCUUUCUCAUUCUGUUGACUUCAGAAGUUUUCAAUGUGUUUGUGCCCCCCCACCCCCGUAUGCAUUUGUAAAGCUACAUUUUUGAGAUUCGCACCUGUUGAAAAACUGCCUCCCAAAGGUCGUCCAUGCGUCGGCGCGGCGAUGGACGCAGUUUCUCUCGUCUUGUGAACGUGUGAUGUUUGCCGUCAGAGUAGAACUAUGAAUAUAAUGAAACAAAAAAAAAGAGCUAAAAAACUGCCAAUGAAAUCAGUGUGUAGUGUUGUUGUUUGUACGUUUGUUGUUGUUGUUGUUUUGUUUUUUUCUCUAAAGGAAAAGCUGUUGUGUUGUGGUGCUCUGGCUCUGUGUGUAACUCUCCUCUCUCGUGUUUUUUCUUUCCCUCCUUUAGAGCAACACAUCUCCAUGCCUGUUAGCUCAUCGUUUGCCUAGCAUGUCUCCGUGGCGUCCAAAACAAAACAAAAAAAGUAAACUUCAAAGAAUACGACAAAAAAACUCUUCACCAAAAAAAAAAAAA